AUGGCCGCGGUGGCCGUCCUCCGGAACGACUCCCUCCAGGCUUUCCUCCAGGACCGCACCCCCAGCGCCUCCCCGGACUUGGCCAAGCACUCGCCGCUGGCUCUUCUGGCCGCCACCUGUAGCCGGAUCGGACAGCCGGGCGCGCCGCCCUCGGAUUUCCUGCAGGUCUCCUACGACCCGACGCUGGGAUCCCCCUCCAGGAUCUUCCACCCGUGGAGCGGCGAGAUGCCCGCGCACUCCCCGGGGGGGCUGCCGCCGCCGCACCCCAGCCUGGGGCUGACCCCGCAGAAGAACCACCUGCAGCCCUCCUUCGGGGGGGCGCACGAGCUGCCCCUCACCCCCCCGGCGGACCCCUCCUACCCCUACGAGUUCUCCCCCGUCAAGAUGCUGCCCUCCUCCAUGGCCGCCCUGCCGGCCAGCUGCCCCCCCGCCUACGUCCCGUACGCCGCCCAGGCCGCCCUGCCGCCCGGCUACUCCAACCUGCUGCCGCCGGCGCAGCCCUGCCGGCAGCUCUCGCCCAACCCGCCGCCCGAGGACAUCCCCUGGUGGAGCAUCCAGCAGCCCGGCGCCCCGGCCGGCUGCGGCCACCGCUUCCCCGCCGCCGCCGCGCUGCCGCGGAGCCUGGUGCUGGGCCACUCGGACUUCGCCCAGUACCAGACGCAGAUCGCCGCCCUGCUGCAGACCAAGUCUCCCCUGGCGGCCACGGCCAGGAGGUGCCGCCGCUGCCGCUGCCCCAACUGCCAGUCGGCCGCGGGCAGCGCCCCGGAGGCGGAGCCGGGCAAGAAGAAGCAGCACAUCUGCCACAUCCCCGGCUGCGGCAAGGUGUACGGCAAGACGUCGCACCUGAAGGCGCACCUGCGCUGGCACACGGGCGAGCGGCCCUUCGUCUGCAACUGGCUCUUCUGCGGCAAGAGCUUCACCCGCUCCGACGAGCUGCAGCGGCACCUGCGGACUCACACGGGCGAGAAGCGCUUCGUCUGCCCCGAGUGCGGGAAGCGCUUCAUGCGCAGCGACCACCUGGCCAAGCACGUCAAGACCCACCAGAACAAGAAGCUGAAGGCGGCGGCGGACGGUGUCAAGCGGGAGGACGGCCGCGACCUGUGA